AUGCAGGACACGCGAUCUCGCUCCGCCCAGUCGGGUCCUAGCGAAGGUCGGCCGCCAUCUCCACUACGGCCAAUUCCCAGCCUGAGCGAUGUAGAAGACCAAGGGUCCUUUGAUGGGGAUGCUCGGAUACGAGAGGCCUUCCCUCUUCAUGGGAUGAAAGCUUCCGACAUACAGCAUGCUGCUCGGCCUCCACGACCACAUAUCGAUACUCGACAAUCCUUCUCCACAUCUCCGCCAUACCUCGGACCAACACCUCCUCAUCAUAUCUCUCCGCAAUCCGGCUCGCCAUAUGCGAACGGUCGAGGUGGUUGGGCUGGUCAGCAGCCACCACCUUAUCAUCCUCAGCAUGGUUAUUCACCCACUCACCAAGGUCAACCACCCUUUCGACAGAGCAACUAUUCCCCCACCGGACCACCUGGCUCUUACUAUCCAAGCCAUGCUCCACCUGUGGGUUAUCCUGGGCCGCCAAAUCAUCAGAUGCAUCCUGGUUACCAGCCGCAAUCCUUCAGGGGCGGCCAUGCAGGAUACCGGGGAAACCAUUAUGGCCCUCCUCCAGAUCGACGAUUUUCCGGGUCAGGCCCCCAAGGCUAUCCGCCUCCGCACAAUCAACGCGGUCGAGGUGGCCAUUUUAAUAAUCUUUCGUGGACUGCUCCUGGAAGAGGUGCCGCACGUGGCCAAUACGAGCAACCACAGGGCAUGAUGCAUCAUCAUCAAUCUCCACCGCAUGCUCCGCCGCAGUUGACGCCUCAGAGAAGCAGCUUUGAAUCUGCCCCCUCAAACAUGGAAGAGGAAGACAAUCCAUUCCGGCCUUCCAAAGAUCUACAAGUCGAGGAUCAAAGUCUUGACAACAAUCCCUCGUCAAAUGGUGGAUCACCCUCCACGAACCAAAUGCCUCCUCCUACUCGGCCGUCGCCUGCGCAACCUAAAGAAGGCCCCAGAUUCAGCUUUGCUUUCAAGUCAAAAGCCCCGCCCGCCCCCACCACCCCCAAGGCGGACCUUUCACAAAAAGUUCGAGAACCGCUUCCUCGCCGCGAUACCAUGCUUAGUGAAGGGAACAAAUCUAAGCACCACCCUCGACCCCGCUCGACUGAAAGAAUUGGAAAAUCACGAGCCGAUUUUCGGACUGAACGCAAGCAUGAUUUCGAUCGAAGAUCAGACAUGGAUCGUCGACAUGAUCGACGCUCGGAUUACCGAGGCGAUUACCGUUCAGACCGGCGUCCUGAUUACCACCGCUCUGAAGUCCGUCCUGAGCCAAGGCCAGAACCACGCAUGGAGAAGCGCAUUAUGAAACGGCUGAAGCCGAGGCCGACUCUUCCAGCUGAUUUCGCCGCGUCUGACUCAGUUUACUAUCGCAAACCUGGAAACGAGUCUGUGAUUGGCUCCGGUACUUAUGGCAAGGUGUUCAAGGCCGUCCAUGUUUACACCAAAAAGAUGGUUGCCCUCAAAAGGAUUCGGAUGGAGGGGGAGCGCGAUGGGUUCCCUGUUACCGCGAUUCGGGAGAUCAAACUUCUCCAGUCACUUAAGCACGAGAAUGUCGUCAGUUUGCAAGAAGUCAUGGUCGAGAAGAAUGAUUGCUUUAUGGUCUUUGAAUAUCUUUCUCAUGACCUUACCGGCCUUUUGAAUCACCCUAGCUUCAAGCUGGAGCACGCUCACAAGAAGCACCUUGCUAAGCAGCUCUUCGAGGGAUUGGAUUAUCUCCAUCGCCGCGGCGUCUUGCAUCGCGAUAUCAAAGCUGCCAACAUUCUGAUCAGCAACACGGGACAAUUAAAGCUUGCAGACUUUGGUCUCGCUCGUUUCUUUGCCAAGCGCCGCCAACUGGAUUAUACAAACCGUGUCAUCACGAUAUGGUAUCGUUCGCCAGAACUUCUUUUGGGAGAGACGCAGUAUGGACCCGCGGUCGAUAUAUGGUCUGCCGCGUGCGUUCUUGUCGAAAUUUUCACCAAGCAUGCUAUCUUUCCGGGAGACGGUGGAGAAAUAAAUCAACUGGACAAGAUAUAUAACAUCCUCGGCACGCCUACUGUUUCGGAAUGGCCAAGCUUAGUGGACAUGGCUUGGUUUGAGCUUCUGCGCCCGACCGAGAAAAAGCCGAGCACGUUCGCUGAGAAGUACAAGGAAAGAUUGACACCAGCUGCUUUUGAUCUCCUUUCUGCAAUGUUUGCGUAUGACCCAGUUAAACGCCCUGACGCGUCGGAAGUCCUCAAACACCCAUAUUUUACUAUCGAGGAACCGACGCCGAGGUCGCCCGCAGAGUUGGAAAACCUCGAAGGUGAUUGGCAUGAAUUCGAGUCAAAAGCCCUUCGCAGAGAGAAUGAACGCCGUGACAAGGAAGCGAGACGAGCUCUCCGCGAAGAACAAUACCAAAAGGAAAAGGAGAAGCGACGGGCUUCUGCCAACCCUCCGAGCGAAAGGGACCCCAAACGUCAGCGUGCGGAACCACCGUCGGCCAACUUCCACCAGCAAUGA